AUGAAAUAAGAAAAAGACAUAAUAUUUAAUGGAGAAUUUGAAGAUAGUGAAGAAGAAGAUGAAGAUUAAUCAUAAGAUUAUGAUAGUGAUGAAGAUUUAAAUAAAAAAAAGAAAAAGAAAUCACUUUUAAACACAAAUAAAAAUUUAAUAAUGAAUGUUUCAGGUAUCUCUAACAUAAUUAAAUAGACACUCAGUAUCCUGUAGUGAAAUUUGUAGGAAAAAUGAUUUAUAAGUUUAAAUUACAAUAUGUUCCUUAUUAAGAAAUUAAUAAUUGGGAUUUUUGUUGGACUGACAAUGCUGUUCUUCCUGAAACUUUGUCCAAAAUGCAAUGUAACAUAAAUAUUUAUAUUAUUUAUAAUAGCUCAUUAAAAGAUUAAUCAUUUUCCAGGUAUGUAUUCAUUAGCUCGUAAAAACCAUUUAGGCAAAAAUUUGAACAAAAUGCAAAAGUAGUUCCCAGAUGAAUAUGAUUUUUUUCCAAGAACUUGGAUGUUACCAAAUGAAUAUAAUGAUUUUAAACAAUAAUUUGGUAAAGCUAAAACAUUUAUACUUAAACCUGAAGCAUCAUGUUAAGGCAGAGGUAUAAUUUCAACUAAUAUUAAUAGGAAUCUUUUUAACUCGCUCUAUAGAAUCAAUAAAUCCUACUGAACAUUAUGUUGCAUAAAGAUAUAUUCAUAAACCACUCCUUAUUGAUGGAUUAAAAUUUGAUUUGCGAAUGUAUGUAUUAAUUUGUGGGUGUGAUCCUUUAAGAAUAUAUUUGUAUAAAGAAGGUUUAGCAAGAUUUGCAACUUAAACAUAUAUUGCUCCUAAUACAAAUAAUUUAGAUGAUGUUUGUAUGCAUUUAACUAAUUAUGCAAUAAAUAAAGAUAAUCCAAAUUUCAUUUUCAACUCUGAUGAAAAGAAAAUGGAUGUUGGACAUAAAAGAAGUAUGUCUAGUGUUUUUUAACUAUUAAGAGAUUAAGUAAUUUUUAUUAAUUAUAAAUAGAAUCAUAAUGUUGAUUAAUUAUUGGAUGAUAUAAAAGAUUUAAUAAUAAAAACAUUUUGUUCUGUUUAACCAAUUUUACAAUAAAAUUACACAUAAGUUGAUAAUUAUGCAAAUAAUAUGUGUUUUGAAAUACUUGGCUUUGAUAUUUUGAUAGAUAGUUCUUUAAAACCAUAUUUACUUGAAGUCAACCAUACACCUAGUUUUACUACAGAUACACCAUUGGAUCAAUAUAUAAAAAAGAAUUUAAUAGCUGAUACUAUUACAUUGAUGAAUAUCAAUGUAAAAACUAAGAAUGAGGUUAUUUAAUAGAAAAAGGAUGAAAUGUAGAAGAGAGUAUUAACAGGCAAAAAGACAAAGUUAUCACCUGAAGAGAAGAAAUAAAUAAAAUUAUAAUAUUAAAAAUAAAGAGAUGAUUAUGAAUAAUAGAAUAAGGGUAAUUAUGAAUUGAUUUAUCCAUGUUCCAGAUCUUAUGAAGAGUAUUUAUAGCAUUCAUUAAAAAUAUAUGAGGAGUGGACUGGAGCAAGUAAAUUAUUAUUUAAUUAUCUUAGAUAUAAGAAGAAAUUAGAAAAAGGAAUCUAUUUAAAUAAAUUAAGANUAUUAUUUAUAAUAGCUCAUUAAAAGAUUAAUCAUUUUCCAGGUAUGUAUUCAUUAGCUCGUAAAAACCAUUUAGGCAAAAAUUUGAACAAAAUGCAAAAGUAGUUCCCAGAUGAAUAUGAUUUUUUUCCAAGAACUUGGAUGUUACCAAAUGAAUAUAAUGAUUUUAAACAAUAAUUUGGUAAAGCUAAAACAUUUAUACUUAAACCUGAAGCAUCAUGUUAAGGCAGAGGUAUAAUUUCAACUAAUAUUAAUAGGAAUCUUUUUAACUCGCUCUAUAGAAUCAAUAAAUCCUACUGAACAUUAUGUUGCAUAAAGAUAUAUUCAUAAACCACUCCUUAUUGAUGGAUUAAAAUUUGAUUUGCGAAUGUAUGUAUUAAUUUGUGGGUGUGAUCCUUUAAGAAUAUAUUUGUAUAAAGAAGGUUUAGCAAGAUUUGCAACUUAAACAUAUAUUGCUCCUAAUACAAAUAAUUUAGAUGAUGUUUGUAUGCAUUUAACUAAUUAUGCAAUAAAUAAAGAUAAUCCAAAUUUCAUUUUCAACUCUGAUGAAAAGAAAAUGGAUGUUGGACAUAAAAGAAGUAUGUCUAGUGUUUUUUAACUAUUAAGAGAUUAAGUAAUUUUUAUUAAUUAUAAAUAGAAUCAUAAUGUUGAUUAAUUAUUGGAUGAUAUAAAAGAUUUAAUAAUAAAAACAUUUUGUUCUGUUUAACCAAUUUUACAAUAAAAUUACACAUAAGUUGAUAAUUAUGCAAAUAAUAUGUGUUUUGAAAUACUUGGCUUUGAUAUUUUGAUAGAUAGUUCUUUAAAACCAUAUUUACUUGAAGUCAACCAUACACCUAGUUUUACUACAGAUACACCAUUGGAUCAAUAUAUAAAAAAGAAUUUAAUAGCUGAUACUAUUACAUUGAUGAAUAUCAAUGUAAAAACUAAGAAUGAGGUUAUUUAAUAGAAAAAGGAUGAAAUGUAGAAGAGAGUAUUAACAGGCAAAAAGACAAAGUUAUCACCUGAAGAGAAGAAAUAAAUAAAAUUAUAAUAUUAAAAAUAAAGAGAUGAUUAUGAAUAAUAGAAUAAGGGUAAUUAUGAAUUGAUUUAUCCAUGUUCCAGAUCUUAUGAAGAGUAUUUAUAGCAUUCAUUAAAAAUAUAUGAGGAGUGGACUGGAGCAAGUAAAUUAUUAUUUAAUUAUCUUAGAUAUAAGAAGAAAUUAGAAAAAGGAAUCUAUUUAAAUAAAUUAAGAUCUUUAGAAUAAAUCUUAAUCUUUACCAAAAAAGAUUUUACUUGAGAAGAGGAGUACUUUAUAUAAACACAUUUAGAGUAGAAUUAAUACAAAUUUAUUUCCUAUUAAUAAAAAUGAAUAGAAUAAAGGGGAUGAAAUUAUUUAAGAAGGGGAAGAACAACUUCCAAAUUAAAUAAAAACCAUACCUGAGGUUGACAAUGAUAAUUAUGUUCCUUAUGAAGAUUAUUAACAAAAAUCAUUAGAAUCAAUCAAAGAUUUUUGUGGUUAUACAGAAAAACGAGGAAUAGAAUUAUAGAUUUUAGAUUUGAUUUAAUAUAGGAAGGCUGAUAAUAGACUAAAUAAUUCCCUUAUUUAUUAACAAAAUGGACAACAUAUUUUAUCUCCAUUAUCAUAAAUUAAGGGAGUCUUAUAAGGUAUGGGGGUUAAAAAUGAAAAACAAUUUGCUAUAAGAAAGAAUAAUAAAAAUGUUAAAUCUAUAUAAAAAUAAAAUUACGAAUAUGAAUAGGAUAAACUAUAAGAAAAUUCAAUGAAAUAAUAAAUAAUACCAUCUCUAUAAAUAUAAUAAUAGAAUAAUUUAUAAGGUGUUAAUGGUGCCUAUAUUAAACCAAAAGUUUUUAGUUUAAAAUUAUAAAAUCCUCCAAAAGGAUACAAAUUACAAUCUCUCCCAUUAUUGAUGCAAUAAAAUUAUACUAAAUUUAGAUAUGAAUGA